AAGUAGGAAAUAAAGGCAGAGGAGAAGGGCAAGGAAAACGUGAGUCAUAAGACUUCAUAAUAUCGUACAUUGACAUUUUGACUUACCAAUAGAGUAGUAGGAGAUGGGAUCUAUAUGGUCCCAAAUGGUCUGUAGGUUGGAAGGUAAGUCCUUCAAGAAGAUAAACUUCUGGCCACCAUUUAGUAUAUUGAAAGAGAGCUACCAUGUUUCUUGUUUGUCCUGAAUUCUGUUUGCCUAGAAUUGUGCUUGAACUGGGGCUUAAACUGUUCUUAACUUCUAUGUCUCUAAGCUACUUGAUUUGCCUUUACCCAGUACCUUUCCAGUGUAGUCUCUUCAUCUAACCUUCUAGCAUUUUGCCAUGAAUUAUUGUAAUUAGUGAUGUCCCUGCCAAUUGUCAUUUUGGUGAAUUUUAACUAAAAAAAUAGUGCUUCGCUCUUUAGAAAAACUGCCCCAGAGACUGAGCUGAAAGGGCACAUAUAACUGUAACUUCCAUAUAUUACAAGGGUCUUAUAUAUAGUGUGAUUAUAAUUUUCAUGAAAUGAAUCAACACCAACUUGGUCCACAUAGAAUAAAGAAAUUAUCUGAGAGUUCUAAAUAUGCAAAAUGCAUUUUCAAAUCUGUUUGGUGGCCUUGACUGCAUUCAAAUUCAUUUGGCACCUGGCUAAUAAGAAUGCCAAGUUUUGCCCCAAAUAAAUCGCCUAAAUGUUAUUUUUUCCUUUUACUACAGAUGCUCAAAAUUGCAUGAAAUGCUCUAAAUAUGAAAAGUCAAAUUCUGGAAGAAACAGCUGCAUCCCAAGGAAUAUAAAUUACCUUUCCUAUGAAGACCAACUGGGCUCUACUUUAUCCUUCAUCUCCAUAAUAUUAUCCAUCAUGUGUGCUGUAAUCCUGGGAAUCUUUAGAAAGUAUUGUGAGACUCCUAUAGUGAGAGCCAACAACCAAUAUCUCAGCUGUCUCCUCCUCAUCUCUCUCAUGUUGUGUUUCCUUUCCUCUUUAUUAUUCAUUGGGCGCCCCACACAGAUAUGUUGUAUCCUUCAACAAGUGAUCUUUGGUAUUGUGUUUACUAUUUCUCUUUCAUCUUUGUUGGCUAAAACUCUCACAGUUAUUAUUGCCUUUAAUGCCACAAAGCCUGGGAGCAAGCUGAAGAAGUAUGUAGGAACCCAACUGUCCAUCAUACUAAUCAUUGUAUGUUCUUUAGGUGAGACUGUGAUUUCUGCUGUGUGGUUGGCCUCCAAUCCCCCAUUUGCAGAGGCUGAUACUCUUUCUGAUCCAGACUAUAUUUUUCUGUUCUGUAAUGAGGGGUCUGUCAUCCUUUUCUUCUGUAUAAUUGGUUAUAUGGGAACCGUGGCCCUACUGAGUUUCAUUGCUGCAUUUCUAGCCAAGGAUUUCCCUGACCGAUUUAAUGAGGCUAAAAACAUCACUUUCAGUAUGUUGGUGUUCUGUAGCGUGUGGGUGACAUUUGUCCCUGCAUACCUGAGCAGUAAGGGGAGUAGAAUGGUGGCUGUUGAGAUAUUUGCCAUUUUAUCUUCCAGUGCUGGAUUGUUAGGCUGUAUAUUCAUUCCCAAAUGUUAUAUCAUUUUUCUAAAGCCUGAACUGAACACAAAAGACCCAAUUGUUAGAAAAUGAUAGAAUUAUACAGGAAUAAGAAUUUCAGAAAAACCUUGAGGAGGAAUAAAGUAGGGUACCCCUAUAGCAGGGUGAUUGUCAUCCCAGUGACUUUCUAUAUAUCUGUAACCUUGUUAUGAGAUAAGGGGGAUCAAACUGAAAGCCACUUAGGGUGAGAUUUGUGGUGAGUGUUUAUUGUACCAAAACGACUCCAGUAACUAUACCUCAAUGUUUCUAUAUAUCUGUUACCUUGUUAUAAGCUAAGGGGGCCCAGUCUGAAAAUCAGUUAAGGAGAGAUUUGUGAAGGAUAUAUAAUGGAACUGCAAAUAUAUCUGGGUGACUAUUACUCCAGUGUUUCUAUAUUUCCAUAACCAUGUCUUGCGCUUAAGCUUCCCAGCCUAAUGACAAGUUAUAGUUUGAUUUAACAUGAGGGCUUAUUUGCUGCACUGGGUAUCCCUGGAGCUAGAGGAGGGUAAUUGUCACAAGAAAACAUUGACAAAACCACCAAAGUAAGAGAUUUCAUUAGAAAUAAGAGAUUAAUUUCCCUGGCAGAAAUGCAAAAUAGAUGGGGCCUACAUCCCAGAGAUAGUUGGGGCUAUACUCAACUACAAGGGUUUAUACAUUCUAGAUUGAACGAAGAUUGGGAUAGAAUGGAAACGCCCUGGGAAUCGAUAAUUAUUUCUAAGAA